UGGUGGUGGUGGUGGUUACAAUACAUAUGAAUCCCAGCAAGUCACAGCUUGGCGUUCUCGUCUGCUUCCUCGGUGUGGGUUUGUGUGACCAUGGCACCCCUGCUUCUUCUUCUACCUUAUUACCAACCAACCCGAAGCAUCCUUCCUCUGUUCUUGAGUCAAUGCUUAUGCUAUGAGACGCGGCUGUCUCUUUUGGGUCAAAAGCACUAGAUAGCAGCGCUGUGCAUGGAGGAGUUGUUCUGAAUGAAGCGCGUUGAAUCAACUCGAGCAGCAGUGGCAGAAUGGGGCUUUCCUCCAAAACUGGUGUGGGAAAGCCAACACAUGAUGGUUUCCAGAUCACCUUCUCUCCCCCGACUAUUCUUCUACUUUCCAUCCACCGAUCCAUCGACUAAUUAAUUACCUCCUUUUAUUCAAAGCAUUUUUCAACACCUCUCGAGCACUGCCGCUUUGUCUUAUAUAAGAAGAAGACGCCAACAGAGCCAACACAACAACGAAAACCAAAGAGGAGGAGCAGGGCAUUGGUGGAAGCGGAAAGGAAGAGAGAUCAGCAGGAAGGAGCAAAGGGAUCCAAAAGGGAGCUCGGAGCGGGGGGAUUUAACGGGGGCGGAAAAGAAUGGCGGCGGCAGCUCCCGGCACCGCGAUGACUGUCUUCCUGAUGCUCUCAUGCAUGGCGGCUGCGGCGGCGGCGGCGGCGCUCAACCUGACGACGUUAUCCUUCGACGACGGCUUCUCCCACCUCUUCGGAAAUGAGAACCUCAUCCGCUCCCCAGACGGCCGCGGCGCCCGGCUCACCCUCGACCGCUCCUCCGGAUCGGGAUUCAUAUCAAACGAUCUCUACGACCAUGGCUUCUUCAGCGCCUCCAUCAAGCUGCCCUCGGAUUACUCCGCCGGCGUCGUCGUCGCCUUCUACCAUGAUUGAUCGGGUGUCUCGUGGUGCUGAAUGUGCGGUGCAGACUUCCAAUGGAGAUGUGUUCCAGAAGACACACGACGAGCUGGACUUCGAGUUCCUGGGCAACAUCAGAGGCAAGGACUGGAGGAUUCAGACCAACGUCUACGGCAACGGCAGCACCAGCCGAGGCCGCGAGGAGCGCUUCUUUCUCCCUUUCGAUCCCACCGCCGAGGCUCACCGCUACUCCAUUCUGUGGACCUCCGACCACAUCAUAUUCUACAUCGACGACACCCCUAUCAGAGAGGUGGUCCGCAGCGACGCCAUGGGCGGCGACUACCCGUCCAAGCCCAUGUCCAUCUACGCCACCAUAUGGGACGGCUCCACCUGGGCCACCGCCAACGGCAGGUACAAGGUCAACUACAAGUACGCGCCCUUCGUCGCGGAGCUCUCCGACCUCGUCCUCCGCGGAUGCCGCGUCGACCCGAUCCAGCAGGUGGACUCCGCCCGGCGGUGCGCCGAGGCCAACGAGGAUCUCCUCGCGGCCGACUUCGCCCAAAUGACCCCUUUAAAGCACGCCGCCAUGCGCCGGUUCCGCGAGCGCUACAUGACCUACUCCUUCUGCUACGACGCCAACCGGUACCCGGUCACCUUCCCCGAGUGCGACAUCAUCCCGUCGGAGCAAAGCAGGUUCUUUGAGUCAGGCGAAACCAAGUACCCGAGGGACCGCCGGAGGGCCAGGCGCCAGAGCCGGAGACCCUAAACGCGAGGCCGACAUCGGCCACUACUGCAUGCUUCCAUUCUUUUUCUUACGGCUCUGUUUAUGACUAGGCACCGUACAAGUUGAGUGUAGGAUCGAUGCAUGGCUUCGCUCUUCUUCACGGGUCGUUUUAGUUUGUGCAGUAGAGGUAUACACAGCAGCAA